CGGUGUCCGGCGUCAGUCGAGCGUCUCUGCGUUCGGAGGCGGACGUGUUCACUUUAAUUUGUUAAUAAUUAAAUAGUAAAACAAUUUAUGUGUGAGAGAUUUAUUAGAAGAAUUUAGGAACAAACUUAAGAUGUUGCGACUAUAUUUGUCCAUAUGUCUGCUGACCCUGUGUGGGGCUCAGGAUGGCACCGGAGACCUGGAUGCUGUCAUCAAGCAGAUCUUCGGCAACCCUACCACAGCCAAGUCGGUACAGCCGUCUACUUUAGUACCGGGAAUCGCUAAACCUGUGGAUACAAGUUGUAAGACGGACGAUGGCCGUGUUGGCGAGUGCGUCAGAUACUAUCUCUGCAACGCUAACAACUCCGUCAUCACUGACGGUAUCGGCAUCAUUGAUAUACGUGUACGAGAUGGACCUUGUCCGUCAUACAUGGACACGUGUUGUCUCCCGCCUGACACAAGGGAUGUAAACAACCCUAUAACACCACCUCCAGUUACAGAACCUCAGCGUCAAGGUUGCGGUUGGCGCAAUCCAAAUGGCGUUGGUUUCCGUAUCACUGGGGAUAAAGAUGGUGAAUCCAAAUUCGGAGAAUUCCCUUGGACGGUUGCUGUUCUGAACUCUGAUUACAUUGACCCCAGGAUCGAGCCUGUCAAUGAGAACGAACCGAACGGUCAGAAACUCAACGUAUACGUUGGCGGGGGUUCGCUCAUACAUCCCAGUGUAGUACUCACAGCGGCACAUUACGUGGCGGGAGCGAAAGCAUUAAGAGUCCGCGCUGGGGAAUGGGAUACACAAACUACUAAGGAGAUAUACCCGUACCAGGAUCGGGAUGUUACCAAGAUUGAAGUCCACAAAGACUUUAAUAAGGGUAAUUUGUUCUACGAUAUCGCACUUCUCUUCCUUGCAACUCCAAUGGAUUUGGCUCCCAAUGUUGGUGUAGCUUGCUUACCUCCACCUCGUGAGCGCCUCGCUGGUGGUACGAGAUGCUUCGCCACCGGUUGGGGGAAAGACAAAUUCGGGAAAGAAGGACGUUAUCAAGUUAUUCUCAAAAAGGUUGAAGUACCAGUUGUCGACCGAAACACUUGCCAAGAGAAACUCCGAUCAACACGAUUGGGUCACUUCUUCGAGCUGCAUACAUCUUUCAUGUGCGCUGGAGGAGAACCUGGCAAGGAUACGUGCAAGGGAGACGGAGGAGCACCUCUUUCUUGUCCUAUACAGUACGAAACCGACCGUUACAUGCAGAGCGGUAUCGUAGCUUGGGGUGUCGGCUGUGGUGAGGACGGUACCCCAGGUGUUUACGUAGACGUGUCUAAUCUACGAAACUGGAUAGACGAUAAAGUCGCCGGAAUGGGACAUGACCCUAAGGUCUAUACUAUCUGAACUUAAAUAAAAACUUUUAUAAAUAAAUGAAUUGUUGAACA